AUGCGGAUACGAGGUCGUAUUUCUGCCUGUGAGUUCGCGACCGAAGAUGCCAAGAAUCCGAUCAUUCUACCCCGUAACCACCACGUUACCAGUCUCAUUGUUGCACACUAUCACCAAAAAUACCACCAUCAGAAUCACGAGACUGUAAUUAACGAGAUACGGCAACGUUACUCCAUUUCUCGACUUCGAAGUACCUACUUACGGGUACGCAACAGUUGUCAACGAUGUAAGAAUAACCGGGCAAUUCCGCAGCCCCCUAUCAUGGCAGAUCUCCCACAUACCAGGUUGAACGCAUUCGCUCGACCGUUCACCCAUGUAGGCGUGGACUACUUCGGUCCUAUUACAGUCGUAAUAGGCAGGCGAUCGGAAAAGCGAUGGGGGAUGCUCGUAACCUGCAUGACAAUACGAGCCAUCCAUAUUGAGAUCGUCCAUUCGCUGAGCACUAAUUCGUGCAUCAUCGCGCUGCGCAACUUUAUCUCGCGUCGGGGUACGCCCCGAACGAUCUAUAGUGAUCGCGGUACCAACUUUGUCGGAGCAUGUCGUGAGAUGCAGAAGGCAGAAGCUUCGGUCAACAUAGAAGAGAUGAUGAAGGCGUUCGUUUCAUCGGAAACCAAAUGGGUCUUCCUCCCACCUCUAUCUCCACACAUGGGCGGCUGCUGGGAGAGAUUGAUUGGAACAGUCAAACGAAACAUGACGGCUAUUUUGUCAACGCAAAAACUGACGGACGAAGUACUGCGAAAUGUUUUGGCCGAAAUUGAAAACGUAGUGAAUUCUCGACCACUUACUCAUGUUCCGAUCGAUGACGAUUCCGGCCCAGCCUUGACUCCAAACCAUUUCCUCCUUGGAUCAUCCGAUGGUACCAAACCUUUGUGCACUCUAGAAGAUAGUGGUGCCGCAUUACGGCAGUGUUGGCGUGCAUCGCAGAUACUCGCGAAUAGAUUUUGGAAACGUUGGCUGAGUUCGUAUUUACCUGAGAUAACCCGCAGAACUAAGUGGUUUAUCAACACGAAGGCGAUUGGAAUCGACGACAUGGUAUUCAUUGCUGAUCCUAAAAAUCCCCGGAAUUGUUGGCCCAGGGGGAAGGUCAUCGGAAUCUGUCCUGGAAGAGAUGGACAACCUCGAUCAGCAACUGUGAAAACAGGGAACGGUGUCUACGAGCGACCAGUUGCUAAACUGGCUGUGCUAGAUGUACGGCGCGAUGAUUAG